AUGGAUGGGAAUGUUACAGUAGGUGUGGAUGUGAAUGUUACAUCUGCUAUGGAUAUGGAUGUGAAUGUCACAGGAGGAGUUGAUGUGGAUGAGAAUUUUACAACAGGUGUGCAUGUGGAUGAGAAUGUUACAACAAAUGUGGAUGUGGAUGAGAAUGUUGGGACCAAGGGGUGUUGUAAGAAAAAGUUAUCAGCGGCCGAGCGAGCAAGAGUACCAUUGUAUCCUUCGUGUCCUAAAGGAAAGUCGGCGUUGUAUGUAGCGAUAAUGGUGAACAACAUAAAGACUCAGUAUGCGAUUUCAGAUAAUGGUAUGACUGCAAUGUUAGAAUUGAUAAAAGAGUUGCUUCCCGAAGAAAACACCCUGCCAAGUAAGUUUCCAGAUGUCAAGAAGAUAAUUCAAGAGUUGGGGAUGGAUUAUGUAACCUACGAUGCUUGCGUGAAUGAUUGUAUACUCUUUUGGAAGGAUAAGAGUUCAUUGCUGAAGUGCCCUGUAUAUGUCAAGAACCGCGCAGAGGCGAUGCUUUGGCAUUUUAGAGCACAGAAAGAUAUCAAUGUAAUGCGUCAUCCCGUUGAUUCUUCAGCUUGGCGUUGUGCGGAUAGUUUUUUUCCAGAGUUUGCUAAGGAAGCACGGAAUGUUACUCUUGGUAUAGCAACUGACGGCUUCAACCCCAAUGGAUGCUUUGGUCUCAAUUACAGCUGUUGGCCGGUAAUUCUCUGUCCGUAUAAUCUUCCUCCUUCGAUGUGUAUGAAGAGGGAGUUUUCUAUGUUAUGUUUGUUGAUAUCAUGCCCGAGAGCACCAGGUAAAGAUAUCGAUGUUUACUUACAACCAUUGAUUCAAGAGUUGAAAGAGUUAUGGAAUGAUGGUGUUAUGACUUUCGACAGCUUCACCGGUUCUGAAUUUCUGAUGAGAGCUAGGUUGUUAUGGGAAAUUCAUGAUUUUACAGCAUUAGGGACUCUUUCUGGAUGUGUAACUCAUGGGUAUUUUGCUUGUCCAAGUUGUGGAGAAGAAACAGAUGCUGAGUGGCUGCCAUAUAGUAAGAAGUUGUGUUAUAUGGGACAUCGAAGAUGGCUGCCAACGAAACACAAGUUUAGAAAUGAUAAAACAAACUUCAGUGGAGGAGUUGAGCAUGGUAAAGCUCCAUGGCCACUAACAGGAUUGCAAGUUCAAGAGAUGGUAGCUAAUUUGAAAAGCAAACAGGGUAAAGGAAAACCACCAUCAAAGAAACGUAAAAGAGGGACUGAAGGGUAUGAUGAUGAAGAAAUUUCCGAUCACUCUUUAUUUUCUCGAAGGUCUAUUCUUUAUGAUUUGCCGUAUUGGGGAGCGAACACAGUUCGUCACUGUACAAAUGUGAUGCAUACCGAGAAGAAUAUAACUGAGCACAUUGUUAAUACUGUAUUGGGAAAUAGCAAGUCAAAAGAUGGUCUUAAUGCACGUAAAGAUAUGGAAGCUAUGGGGAUUAAAAAGCGGUUAUGGUUGAAAGAGGAUGACAACACGGGCAAGACAACAAUGGAAGAUGGGUCUUUUGCCUUAACAAAGGAUGAAAAAGUUGCUUUCUAUACAGUUUUGAAGAAUUUAAGGGUGCCUUCAAAUUUUUGUUCCAAUCUUCGAAACAACGUUGGUAUAAAUCCACCGGAGUUGAAGAAUUUAAAGUCUCAUGAUUACCAUGUUAUGAUGCAGUCUUUGUUUCCACUGCUUGUUCAUACUGCAACUUCAUUUCCUAAAGAUCUGCGAGUUGCUCUUCUCCGGAUUAGUUUAUUUUUCAAUAUCUUAUGUGCGAAGGUUAUUAACAGAGAGCAUCUUUUACAAGCUAAAGCUAGUUUGGUGGAGGCGAUGUGUGUUUUAGAAAAAUACUUUUCUCCAUCCUUCUUUGUCAUUAGUAUCCACCUGAUGAUUCAUCUGGCAGAUGAAGCUUUAAUCUGCGGUCCGGUCAGAUUUAGGUGGAUGUACCCCUUUGAGAGGUUAAUGAAAGGCUUUAAAGGGUUGGUACGCAAUAAAAUGUACAUUGAGGGAUGCAUUGCGAGAGGGUAUUCGUUGCGAGAAGCUAGCUUAUUUUUUAUGGAUGGCAUGUCAGAUGAUGGUGAUGGUACUCAUAAACAUACUCGACGGGCUUUUUUAGAUGAUGACUAUGAGUUUGCAGAUGAGAUGCCUCUAAGUACUGGAAAGAGUAUGACUUUAACUCAAGUACAAUUUGAACAAUGCCGCAGCUGGAUCCUAUCUAAGUAUUUUGAGAUAGAUGACUGGAGAAGGAAGUAUGAUUCCUAUUUGAUAGAAGCCAAAGAGACUGAUUCAACACUUUGGAGACUCGUGCAAGGACCCCUCUUCAAGGCACGAUCCUACAGUAAAUACCAAGUCAAUGGAUUUAAUUUUAGCACACUAGGUUGUGAGGCGAAGAAUAUAUCGCAAAACAGUGUCGUAUCAAUGAAAGCUUUUACAAGACUGAAAGCGAAGUCGGCCGAGGAAGCAGAAAUAACUUAUUACGGAGUUAUUAAAGAGAUUAUCGUCUUGAAUUACAUGGAGUUUGAAGAAACUGUUUUCUGUUGUGAUUGGGUUAGUGUUGGAGAUAAGAAUGCGUGUAAGGUUGAUGCAGUUUUAAAGGUUAUAAAGGUCAACUUAUCCAAGAUGAAAAACAAAGUUAGAGUGUCCGAUGAGCCGUUUAUCCUUGCAUCUGAAGCGGCUCAAGUGUUCUACUCGAAGGAUCUUACAGAUGAGGGAUGGUCCGUGGUGUUGCACUCACAUCAGGGGUUAACUUGUUCAGUAGAUAAAUUUGAAGUUCCUACAGCUUAUCAAUCAGUUCUUACUGACAAUGAGAAUUUCAAAAAGUUGCUUUCAAUUGGUUCUAUUUGA